AUGCAAUGCAGCCAACAAGAUCCAAAUCACUCCAUCUACACAGACUACUUUGCGACACUCCUCCGGGCCUGUGGGAGAAGCAAAGAUCUCGCGCAUGCAAGACGCAUCCACGACCGGCUGGCGCAAAAUGGAGAGAUUACAAAAACCUACAUCGCCAACUUGGUUAUCGAGAUGUACGGCAAAUGCCAGAGCCCGUGCGAUGCGCGUUCCGUGUUUGAUUCUCUGGAAUCCCCCAAUGUAUUCUCGUGGAACAUUAUCAUUGCCGCGUAUGCUCACAAUGGGCAUCUUGAGGAGGCUAAGGCGAUCCUGUACGUGCGGUCUGGGUUGCUUGAUGACGCAAAGCACAUCUUUGAUUCCAUGCCCGCAAAAGAUUCCAUCUCGUCAACCGCUCUCAUGCAGGCAUAUUCCCAACGAGGGCAUCUUGAGGGAGCAAAGCAAGUUUUUGACUCCAUGCCGUGCCACGACGUGGUUGCCUACACAGCUAUGCUACAAGUCUACGCGGAUUUAGGGUUUGUUGAAAUGGCAAAACAUGUGUUUGAUUCUAUGCCGUCUCGCAAUGUGGUUUCCUGGAAUGUCAUGAUGCGAGCAUAUGCCGAAAUCGGGCAUCUGGAUCGUACACUCAACCUCUUUCUGAAAAUGCCCGAGCGGAAUAUUAUUUCCCACACAACAAUGCUCACGGCAUAUUCGGAGAACGGCUACGUGGAAGAGUCGCACAGGGUCUUUGCCGGGAUGCCCGAGUACGACAUGGUCUCGUGCAAUGCGCUCAUCCAAGCCUACAGCGAAGCUGGAGACGUAUAUACCGCGGAUUUUUUAUUUGAGGUCCUGCCGUUUAGAGACACGGCAUCUUGCAGCGUCAUGAUUGCCGCAUAUUCCCGCUCCGGGCAUAUUUACCGGGCCAAGGAUGUGUUUGAUUCCAUGCCGGGGUGGAACAUUCUGGCGGUAAAUGCCAUGAUCGCAGCAUACACCCAAAGCCGAAGCCUUGAAUAUGCCAAGAAUCUCUUCGACAACAUGCCCGAGCACGAUGCCGUGGCGUGCACGAGCCUCAUGACAGCAUAUUCCCAUGCCGGGCAUAUCCAAGGCACAAGGCUGGUGUUUGAUGCCACGGCCGACGAGAACCGCAGCUUGGUCACCUGGAAUGCCAUGGCUGCGGCAUAUGCCCAGAAUCUAGAGCUGGAGAGAGCGAUCGCCCUCUUUUGCGAGAUGCCUGAGAGGAGCGUCGUGUCGUGGACGAGCAUGAUCUACAUCUUUGCAUCGAGCAUGCGUCUGGAUCUCGCGAUCAAGCUAUUCAAUCGGAUGCCCAAGCACAAUGUGGUCGCAUGGAACUCGAUCGUCCAGGCAUUCUCGGCGUUUGGAGAUGGGUUCCAAGCGCUCGCCCUCUUCCGGAUGAUGGUGCUUGAGGGGUUUGAUCCAGACGAGAUCACCUUCACGAAUGCGCUGGUGGCUUGCAACCACAUUGGCCUCGUCGAAUUGGGGCUGGCAUUCUUCCUUCUCAUGAGAGAUUUCGGUGUCUCGCCCCAGAGGGAGCACUACUGCUGCCUGGUGGACGUCCUGGGGCGAUCUGGAGAGCUCCAGGAUGCCGAGGAUUUGCUAGCGAGCAUGCCAUUCGAGCCAGACAAGACGGCGUGGGGGGCAUUCCUUGGGGGCUGUAAGAUCCACAAGGAGAUCAAGGCAGCCACAAGAGCAAUGCCCAGGGCGAUGGAAAUUGGGAGCUCCACAAACUCUGGAGCGCCAUGCGUUCUUCUUUCCAGCAUUCUUCCAACGAGCUAG